AUGUGCUGAGCAGCCGAAGUGCCGCGGAAAGUGGAGAGCUGACAAGGAAGAUUUCUGAGCAUUUUGCUGGCAAAGGGAUUUCUUACAGCCUCCAGGCAUGCGCCUUUCUGCCCUGCUGGCCUUGGCAUCCAAGGUCACUCUGCCCCCCAAUUACUGCUAUGGGAUGAGCCCCCCAGGCUCCUUGGCAGACAAGAGGAAGAACGCCCCAUGGAGCAGGCGGCGCCCAGUGGUUGUGGAACCCAUCUCUGAUGAAGACUGGUAUCUGUUCUGUGGGGACACGGUGGAGAUCCUAGAAGGCAAGGAUGCCGGAAAGCAGGGCAAAGUGGUUCAAGUUAUCCGGCAGCAAAACUGCGUGGUCGUGGGAGGGCUGAACACAUAUUACCGCUACAUUGGCAAGACCAUGGAUUACCGAGGAACCAUGAUCCCUAGUGAAGCCCCCUUGCUCCACCGCCAGGUCAAACUUGUGGAUCCUAUGGACAGGAAACCCACUGAGAUUGAGUGGAGAUAUACUGAAGCAGGAGAGCGGGUACGAGUCUCCACACGAUCGGGGAGAAUUAUCCCUAAACCCGAAUUUCCCAGAGCUGAUGGCAUCGUCCCUGAAACAUGGAUUGAUGGCCCCAAAGACACAUCAGUGGAGGAUGCUUUAGAAAGAACCUACGUGCCCCGUCUAAAGACACUACAGGAGGAGGUGAUGGAGGCCAUGGGGAUCAAGGAGACUCGGAAAUACAAGAAGGUCUAUUGGUAUUGAGCCCAGGGACAGCAGCUCCUCCCCAACUUCUGUUCCAGCCUUGAAGGCUGAGGCACCUCUUUUUCAGAUGCCAAUAAAUAUCAAUUUAUGA